CUUGAGUGUUAGAGCUGAGUAGUUUUUGCAGAAUCUCUAAGUCGUUUUUACACUCUUUUAUGAAUGAAUAGAAUUAGUAAAAGAUAAAUAAAUUUUCUCUUUUGGGUUUCUUAACCAGUGGAAAAAAUGUUGACUUUAAAAGUUCAUAAAAUCAAGUUUUGCCCAAGAAUAUGUUAUGUCCACUUGUGAGGCCAGCCUGGUAGACCUCUGGGAUCCUGUUCUGUUCACUCACACACCACUGCGAUAAGGAGUGAAGUGUGGGCUAAAUAGGGUUGAGGCUUGGGCAAGGGCAUUUCGGCCAGAGCACCAGAGACGUCAGCAUCUCAAGGGCGCUGUGGUAUGAAAAAGGACGCCACAUGAGUAAAUUUUAAAAAUAAAUAUUUUAAAGGGUAAAAAUGAGGGUCCCUGUAUUUGAGGAUGUAAAAGAUGAAACUGAAGAAGGAACAAUAGGGGAAGAAGAAAAUGAAGACCGGGUCUUCUAUAAGCCUGUUAUUGAAGACUUAAGCAUGGAAUUGGCCAGAAAAUGCACAGAACUCAUUAGUGAUAUCCAUUAUAAAGAAGAGUUUAAAAAGUCCAAGGAUAAGUGUACAUUUGUGACUGACACUCCUAUGCUAAACCAUGUAAAAAAUAUUGGUGCUUUUAUUUCUGAGGCAAAAUAUAAAGGCACCAUUAAAGCAGAUCUUUCUAAUUCUCUUUAUAAGCGGAUGCCAGCCACAAUUGACAGUGUUUUUGCAAGAGAAGUUACACAGCUCCAGAGUGAGGUGGCCUACAAGCAGAAACAUGAUGCUGCCAAAGGAUUCUCAGAUUAUGCCCACAUGAGGGAGCCUCCUGAGGUCAAACAUGCCAUGGAGGUCAAUAAACACCAGAGUAAUAUUUCUUAUAGGAAAGACGUGCAGGACACUCACACCUACAGUGCAGAGCUCGACCGACCGGACAUCAAGAUGGCAACCCAGAUCUCUAAGAUCAUAAGCAAUGCAGAAUACAAAAAAGGACAAGGGAUAAUGAAUAAAGAGCCCGCUGUAAUUGGAAGACCAGAUUUUGAACAUGCCGUGGAAGCUUCUAAACUUUCUAGUCAAAUUAAAUACAAAGAAAAAUUUGAUAAUGAAAUGAAGGAUAAGAAACAUCAUUACAAUCCUCUUGAAAGUGCUUCUUUUAGGCAGAAUCAGCUUGCUGCCACAUUGGCAAGCAACGUGAAGUACAAGAAAGACAUUCAAAAUAUGCAUGAUCCAGUUUCAGAUCUCCCAAAUUUGUUGUUUUUAGACCAUGUUUUGAAAGCCAGCAAAAUGCUCAGCGGCCGAGAAUAUAAAAAGAUCUUUGAGGAAAACAAAGGAAUGUAUCAUUUUGAUGCGGAUGCUGUGGAACAUCUGCACCAUAAAGGCAAUGCCAUCCUCCAAAGUCAGGUUAAAUACAAAGAAGAAUAUGAGAAAAAUAAGGGAAAGCCAAUGCUUGAAUUUGUUGAGACACCAUCAUAUCAUGCUUCAAAGGAGGCUCAAAAGAUGCAAAGUGAAAAAAUUUACAAAGAGGAUUUUGAGAAGGAGAUUAAAGGAAGGUCAUCACUGGAUUUAGACAAGACUCCAGAAUUUUUACAUGUAAAGUACAUCACCAACCUUCUGAGGGAGAAAGAAUAUAAAAAAGAUUUGGAAAAUGAAAUAAAAGGGAAAGGAAUGGAACUUAAUUCAGAAGUUCUUGACAUCCAAAGAGCAAAGCGAGCCUCUGAAAUGGCGAGUGAGAAAGAAUACAAGAAAGACCUGGAGUCAAUAAUUAAAGGGAAAGGAAUGCAAGCUGGCCCUGACACCCUUGAAAUGCAGCAUGCCAAGAAGGCUGCAGAGAUCGCGAGUGAGAAAGACUAUAAAAGAGAUCUGGAGACUGAAAUUAAAGGGAAAGGGAUGCAGGUGAGCAUGGAAACUCUUGAUGUCCAGAGAGCUAAGAAAGCAUCGGAGAUGGCCAGCCAGAAACAAUACAAGAAGGACUUAGAAAAUGAAAUUAAAGGGAGAGGAAUGCAAGUGAGCAUGGAUAUCCCAGAUAUCCUUCGAGCCAAGAGGACAUCUGAAAUCUAUAGCCAGAGAAAGUAUAAAGAUGAAGCAGAGAAGAUGCUUUCUAACUAUUCUACCAUAGCAGAUACUCCUGAAAUUCAGAGAAUUAAGACAACUCAACAAAACAUUAGUGCGGUAUUUUAUAAGAAAGAAGUAGGAUCUGGCACUGCGGUAAAACAUACCCCAGAGAUCGAACGAGUGAAGAAGAAUCAGCAGAAUAUUAGUUCAGUGAAAUACAAAGAAGAGAUGAAACAUGCGACAGCCAUUUCCGAUCCUCCAGAACUAAAGAGAGUUAAAGAAAACCAGAAGAACAUCAGCAAUCUCCAGUAUAAAGAGCAAAACUACAAAGCCACUCCAGUAAGCGUGACCCCGGAGAUAGAGAGAGUGAGGCGAAACCAGGAGCAGCUGAGUGCGGUAAAAUAUAAGGGAGAACUUCAACGGGGAACUGCAAUUUCUGAUCCACCAGAGCUGAAGAGGGCAAAAGAAAACCAGAAAAACAUCAGCAAUAUUUAUUACAAAGGUCAUCUGGGAAGAGCUACUGCUUUAAGUGUAACUCCUGAAAUGGAAAGAGUGAAGAAGAAUCAAGAAAAUAUUAGCUCGGUAAAAUAUACCCAGGACCGUAAACAGAUGAAAGGUAGACCAAGUCUGAUUUUAGAUACACCUGCUAUGAGACAUGUUAAAGAAGCACAAAAUCAUAUUUCAAUGGUAAAAUACCAUGAAGAUUUUGAAAAAACAAAGGGGAGAGGCUUUACUCCUGUCGUGGACGAUCCGGUGACAGAGAGAGUGAGGAAGAACACCCAGGUAGUCAGCGAUGCUGCCUAUAAAGGGGUCCACCCUCACAUCGUGGAGAUGGACAGGAGACCUGGAAUCAUUGUUGACCUCAAAGUUUGGCGCACAGAUCCUGGCUCCAUCUUCGACCUCGAUCCCCUGGAAGACAAUAUUCAGUCUAGAAGCCUACAUAUGCUCUCUGAAAAGGCGAGUCACUUUAGGCGACACUGGUCUCGAUCCCAUUCCAGCAGUACUUUCGGUACAGGUCUUGGAGACGACAGGUCAGAAAUCUCAGAGAUUUACCCUAGCUUUUCAUGCUGCAGUGAGGUAACAAGACCGUCUGAUGAAGGAGCACCUGUUCUUCCCGGAGCCUAUCAGCAAAGCCAUUCCCAAGGCUAUGGCUACAUGCACCAGACCAGUGUGUCAUCCAUGAGAUCAAUGCAGCAUUCACCAAAUCUAAGGACCUACCGAGCCAUGUAUGAUUACAGUGCCCAGGAUGAAGACGAGGUCUCCUUUCGAGACGGCGACUACAUUGUCAACGUGCAGCCCAUUGAUGAUGGCUGGAUGUACGGCACAGUGCAGAGAACAGGGAGAACAGGAAUGCUCCCAGCGAAUUACAUUGAGUUUGUUAAUUAAUUAUUUCUCCCUGCCCUUUGAGCUUUAUUCUAAUGUAUCCUAAACCUAAUCUUUUUAAAAGAUAGAAGAUACUUUUAAGACAACUUGGCCAUUAUUUUACAAUGAUGUAUCCUUCCUUUGACAAUUAGACACACAGGUACCAGGAAGAAGGAAUGACCUCUGGGCUGAAAACAGCAGCAUUUUCAGUAAUUCCUACACACAAAAAUCAUUGUGUCUGGACACCUGGUGCUGCUAAUUGUGUUCAUGGUUUCCUUUGAUUGGCUAUUGAACCCUUCUGGGAAAUGUAUUUUUGUAGACUUUACUAGAGAUGUUGAUUGUCCCUUAAAUGUAGUGUGUAUGUAAAACUUCUUAGCUGUCACUUUGAAAUCACCCCAAGCCAAUUCUCUUAACGUGGUAAUGCAGCCAAUAAUUUAAAACCCGUUUUGCUUUUGAGUCAUGAGGCAAUUUCCAAUAUUAGUGAAAAUUGCCCAAUAUAGUAAGUGUAAACAGUGGCAGAAGGACAGUCUGGUUAAAAUGAUAUUGACUGGUAGCCUUAGGGAUCUAGAAACUUCUACUAAACAGAGAAAUUUCCUUGUUCCCUAGGCUGACUGGGAUCUAUUUAUUUCUCAUUUGUACCAAGGCAUCUCCUACUCUCUAUUUAUAUUCUAUGGACCCAAGUCUAUGCUCCGUUCCAUGGAACGUCAGGACCAAAUAACUUCACAGCUACUCUGCAAAGGGCAAAUUAGAAUGUCAUUGAUAUAAUUUCCCUAGUAGCAUUUACCCUGUUGCAUGUCAUGUAGAUUCAAGCUUCUGUAACAUAGGCAGCUGCACUGCGCGUUCCUAUUAUUGAAGCAGAAGGGUGACUGAUACCUAAAAGCCCUUUCUUCCGCUAGUUGCCAGCUCAUCAGAAAACAUACUUUGAAAAGAUGCUUGAGAUUUUCCUCCUGCAUUGCACUCUAGUUUUGAAGGAUUUACACCUUAGGAAAUAACAUGUAUAAUCUAGUAAAUAAGCGAUUUAGGUGUUCCGUUGAACAGCUUUGAUUCACUUAAUGCCACCAUGGAUUUCAAAGUGAAGAAAAUGUAACAGGAGCCAAUGAAGCAAUGGAAGCUGGAGUGUGACUAGAAAAAUACCUGGCAAACAAAGUUACCAAUUCCAUACAGAGAUGGUCUGGUAUCUUCUUUUGGAAAAUGGUAUUCAAAUUCUGGAAUGGAAAUCUAGCCACCAAAACUGGUUAAUCAAAAGACGUCCUUUUCCGUCUUCUGGCUUUUUUUUUCUAAAUCAUGUUUAAGGGAAUGAAACAGGAAUGUCAUCAGAGAUUUUUCAGUACAGGCCCGAGAGCCUGUUCUCUAAGAAAGAAAUCGUUGCCAUGUUUUGAUUUUCGAAUAAGUGACUUUGCAGGCUUUUGCUAGCCCUUGCUGGUGGGUCUUGAAAUUUCAUGCAGAGCCUGCAGUCAAGGUCACCAAGCCACUGGCGCCCAUCAGCAAGCCUGUGUCUUUCUGAUUGUGCCGUUUACUGUGACCUGCAACAGGGUAGCAUUCAUUUAGGGUCUGAUUUCACAGUUAUGAUAAACCGAAAAAGCAAACAUUGCGAAAAUGUACUAAAAUGUAUGGGUCUUGGGGAUAUCUGCCUUAUAUGUUAUAUUCAAGGAAAUUAACAAAACAUCCUGUAAAACAUCUUUUAAGGAAGUGUUUACUAGUCCAAAGGCCAAAGCUAAUUUAUUUACACUUUAGAAAAGUUAGCACAUGCUUUUGAAAAUCUGUGGUUUCAUUUUAUUAGGCUAAAAGAGCAAAUAAGCUUUAUUACACUGAAGCUACAUCUAUAUGUCACUGACAUGAAGUUGAAAAAAUAAACGCAGGCAAAUAACCAGAGACUUCUUUAAAGGGGGUUUGGCUGGUUUUCUCUCAUUGAAGUGGCCAGUCGUGAUUCAAGUGAUAAAACCCCUUAUCUGUUUUGGUAUGUUGUACACAAACCUACAAAAAUAAACUGAACUUGCAAUAUUUUUGCAAGAAUAUCUGUCAUUAAAACUGAGGAUAAAAUACCUGCUCCAUUUUAUUUUACUAAGUAUGUAUUUACAUUUCACCAGGCAGGCCAUUUUCUUUUGUGAUUAUAAGAAAGAGUAGUUGUUGAUUAAAUUUUCAGACUAAAUGUAGGACAGGUACAAUUUUGGGAUAAAUAGCACAUUUGUAGGAACCGCGAUGAAAACUGACUUGAAAUAAUGCUUGUAAUCAGGAAAGUAAUUUCAUCCACCGAUUUCAAAACCAGAUUCACUGAACAUAAAAGUCAAUACAUAGUUGAGGAAUAAGUCUCCUAAAAGUUUAAGCUUCAUGUAAUAAUGUUUGCAUAGCAAAAUAUUUCUGCUUCAAGCCUUUAGGAAUUAAGAUCUGAUCAGAAUUCAACUAGAGGGUAGUUAUUUUGCAAUGAAGACUAAAACUGAACAAGAUACUGCAUGCUUUUGAGGCCAUAAUUUGGUAGUGUUGGCAGUUGUUAAUAAAGCUUGUCAGGAUGUUAAGACUCUCAGGAGAAAUAUUGGAAAAGUAUAUGUAUAAAACCAAAGUGCUAUUUUUAAAAGCAUCAUUUAAACAAAAUUACAUGCCUGAACAACUUUUACACUUUCCAUGUCCUUCCCUCCCACCUUCAAUGGGGCAACGAGUAUCUCGUGCAUAAAGCUGACAGCUAAAGAAGAUUUUAAAAAUUGAGUUAAAGAUGACUGUGUAAACGUCCAAGCACAGAGAGCAUGCACCUGUCUUUCUCAAGUUUGAUGUGUUCUCAAGCCUGGCAGAAGCACAAGGAACAGUUUGAUAUACUUUUAAAAGGUUCUGAAAACAAAGCUGUAUGGGGAUCCUCUCUCUCUCUCUCUCUCAAGCAAAGUAUAGCAACAGAAUAUAUUGCUUUUGUCAUAAGCUUUUGUAGUAUGUUUUUACUAAUAAUACUUGUUCUGUAGAAAGCUUUCUAUUUCUAACCUAUGGCAAAAUGAAUCCUUCAUGUCUUCUUGUUAUUGUUUACACACUUGCAGUGUAGCCCAGUUUGAAAUAUUUAUCUGGUUAUCAAAUGUCCAUGGAGGAGGCUCUUGAUGAUCCCAGGUCUCCCCGACCUCCAUACACCACACAGGCAUUUGUAAGCACAGUUUCCACAAGCACCUUGUAGGAAUAUGGAUGAGAUUAGACCAGCCCCUCUCUGGCCACUGGGUUUAUUUCUUGAAGAAGAUGCAGAUCUGGUUUUUCCAAUGUGCCACAGUCUUUUUACCUCUUCUCUGUGCUGAGCUUGACAGCACUCUGGGAAUGAGGAACAAGACUUUUCUAAAAAGACAGUGGAAGUUCAAGGGGUGUACCUCAUUUUCAGGUUCAUCCAUCUCCAGUGGAAUGUUUUCAGUAAAAGGUGAAGAAAACGUGUGUGAUCUUUAAUAACACAUCCCUAUAGAAAGUCGAUAAAAUAUAUACCAAAACUAUAUACAGAUAUAUACAAAUAUAGGUGCCUUUUUGAUUACUCUUGUUUGUCUAGUAUGGUCUUGGAAAGAAAACCAAGCAAGCAAGUUGCUGCGUAUUCUGUAGUAAUAUUUUAUUACACAUGAUUGAUAUUUUUGUGGUAGGGAAGUAGGAUGCUCCUGACAGAUAUUAAAGGUGUUAGCUGAUGAUUGUAUUUUAUCUCUAAAGAUUUAGAACUUUAGAAAAUGCCCACUUCUUCCCUCUAUUUCUGAAAGGUUCUUUGUGGAUUUAUAUACAGUUGAGCUAUAUAAACAUUAACUUUAGAUUUGGGAUUUAAAAUGCCUAUUGUAAGAUAGAAUAAUUAUGAGGCUGGAUUCACUACACAAGAUGAACUUCACUUCAUAAAUUAAUUAUACCUUAGCGAUUUGUUUCUGAUAAUCUAAAAGUGGCUAGAUUGUGGUUGUUUUGGGUAACAUGAUAUGGAGGUGGGAGAGCUUUUAGUUAAGAAGCUAUGUAAACUCACAAGGAUGCUAAAAUAAAAGUCUCUGAAGUAUUCCAUGCCUUUUGUACCUUUUCCUGGCAACUGUCAACUAUUGAUCAAAAAAGUCAAGGCAUUGUAUGUUGCUUCUGUGGUUAUUAUUCCAUGAUGCUUAGACUACUUGAAUCCAUAAACUUGGAAGAAUCUUUGAGCAAAUUUUCUCAAUUGUCUAUAUGACUUCAGUAUAUUCAUGGGAAUUCCAUAGGAUUUUUUGUGUUUGAUAUAUGGUAUCCAGUUUGCAUAGUAUCUACUUCUUUGUAAUCCAGUUGCUGUUAAGAAUGAUGUACUUUAAAGGAAAAGAGAAAACUGCAUCACAGUCCCAUUCUCCAGUGUCCAUGCAAUGAAUUGCUGAGCAUUUAGGAAGCAUCACCAGGUGUAUUACAGGCAUGAUGUGAAACUUGAUAUUUGACCUGUGAUCAAAAUUGAACCAUUGUGCAGUUUGGCUUCUAUUUGCUUCAAAAUAUAUAGAAUUGUGGUUGAUGAUUAAUUUGCAAGCCUAACUUUGAGAGUGUAACAGUUUUGAAGAAAACAUUGAAUGUUUUCCAAAUGAAGGGGCUUCACAGAAUGUUACAAUGUCAUUAAUAUAAUUUGGCUUUUGUUAUGCAAAUUGUUAACACCAGCUAUUAAAAUAUAUUUUAGUAGAAAUGCUUUAAUUCAUAUUUUUUUCCUCUACACUGUGAAUCUUUAAGCCUUGGUGGACUAGAGCAACAUCGUGCUGCCCAAAGGACUAACCUAUGCAAACUAGUUCACAUUUUAGUGGAUGUCGCAGUUAAUGUGUAAUAAGACAUUAUUUCCCCUGCAUAAUGUACAACAGCAUUGAAAUGACACAUUAAGCCUAGCAUCACAUUGUAUAGUAUAGUCACUCACAAACCCUUCAAGGCUACCCUAAUCAUUAACAUUAAUAUUUGUUUAAAAGCAAAUCACCGAUUUAGCUAUUGAAACUACUUGAAUGACAGCAAACCAGGAAUGACAGAUGGCUGUGUCAGCAAUGGCUUUAAUGUGUUCCCUGCAAGUGAUCUCCUAUGAUAAAACUGCGUUCUCAAAUGCACUCUCUUCAGGGUCUUAAUAUUCUGUGUCUUCUCUCUGUAUUUGUAAAACAUUAUAACACAUUAAUUUCCUAUCUCUACACAUUUGGUUUGCUUAAAUAAAUGCAGGAUAUAAAAAAAUGGUUCUACUUCUUGGCUCUCACCGUGGUUUCCUGGAGCAUGGGUUGUUAGAUGUAAGUAAUGCACCCUCAUAAUACCCUGGGUCUGAGGUUUAACAUGACAACUCACAUCAAAUCACAUCAGAGGUGUGUGCUGGCUUCAGUAUAUUUACAUUGCUGAAUCAGUCAAGAUAUUUUCCUCCCCCAAACGAACUUAGUUGUAAGUGAUAACAAUAUUAUGCUUUUCCAAGCUCAGUAUCUUUCUGAAUUUAUAUCAAAGCACUGCAACAAUGCUUCAUUGUAGUUAACUUCUUUCAAGAAUAAAUUCCUCAUAUGUCCUCAGUAGUACAAUUCUAAUUUCCUUAUAUUCGUAAGAUGAAAGAAAUGGCUUGGAGCAUAGAAUAGAAAGUGCGCAAAUUGAGUACAUAAAAUGGGAAGAAACUGAUUUCUCAGCUAAGAAAGGCUCAUUUAUCAUAGAACACAAUUGCUUUUUUUUCCCCCUUACGCUUCCGAUCAUUGAAAAAGUGAGUGAUUCCCUAUUUUUCACUCUCAUAUAAAUCUAUGCGAUUUGGAUGCUAGUCUUACUGUAUUAUUUUGUAAAAGUUGCUCUUUGGCUCAUAAUCCUUCCUAAUUGUAAAUUGAUAAACUUCGUGGAUGACAUCUCAUAGAAUAAACACUUCUUCCAAA